GAGCGCCGGAGAGAGCACCGGAGGGAGCGCCGGAGAGAGCGCCGGAGAGAGCACCUGAGGGAGAGCCGGAGAGAGCACCUGAGGGAGAGCCGGAGAGAGCACCGGAGGGAGCGCCGGAGGUCCCCCUGGUGACUGAGGGAAUGGCUGCUGAACAGGAACAGGUGAUUAUCGGGACGGCGGUACUGCAGGAUCAAACUGUUACCGAGACGGCGGUCCGGCACAUGCAGAGAAUGACAGGGACGGCGGCUCGCCCAAAGCGAGUAGUGACUUGGGCGGCGGCUCAGCAGAACCAGACAAGGAUUGAGUUGGUCCUCCAACAUCAGCAGAGAAUGAAUGAGGCAGUGGCUCACUCGGAGCAGGUGGUUACUGAGACAGUGGCUCACCCGGAGCGGGUGGCUGCUGAGACAGUGGCUCACCCAGAGCAGGUGCUGAUUGAGACAGUUGCUCACUCGGAGCAUGUGGCUGCUGAGACAGUGGCUCACCCAGAGCAGGUGCUGAUUGAGACAGUUGCUCACUCGGAGCAGGUGGCUGCUGAGACAGUGGCUCACUCGGAGCAGAUGGUUACUGAGACAGUGGCUCACCCAGAACAGGUGGCGUUGGUGUAUUCGAUGGUGCGUGCUGAGGACGAUGGGACGGGUAGGGUGUGUUUGGAGGACCGUCACCAGAGUGCAGCGAAGGAGGAGGGCGAAGUGGCAGUGAAGCAGGAGGGUCGUGGGAUGAGGACAGUGAAACAGAGGGAAAGUGUGGCGACGGUGAGGAAGGAGGAUCGUGUGAUAAGGACAGUGGAUCGGGAGGACCGUGCGAGGACAGUGGAUCGGGAGGAUCGUACAAUGAGGACAGUGGAUCGGGAGGAUCGUACGAGGACAGUGGAUCAGAAGGAUCUUACUAGGAUAAUGGAUCGGGAAGAUCGCACGAUGGAGACAGUUGCAAGCCACCGUCCCCAGGAAGACGGUGGUUUUGAACUUGAUGGGGAAAGUGCAGUGAGGACAAUUGAUAGCAGUGAGAGGACAGUGUGUGAAACACAUGUUCCGAGGGAAGCCGCUGAAGAGGAUGGACAAUCUCUCAUAGUGGACGAGGGGGUGGUUGUACCAUCAGAAUCUACAUUUGUUGCCGAUACUUCCCACCGGUUUGCGAUCGCCUUCAGUGAAAAUGAAAUGAUUCGUGCCAGAAAAUACCCUCAGCCCGGCCACUCAAGUGGCAGCCUGACUGCGGAUGACGAGACUCCAGGACGGAAAGCCGAUGGUGCUGGUGCGCCCCCUACUGUGAAGCUCACCAAACCGCGAGUGAUGCGGACGAGGUCCGGUCGAGCUGUCCGCUCCAAAGUACGUCUCUCUACCUCAGUGUCUGAGCCUGACGAACGACCUGAGCAGCCGGCGCGGACGCCAACCAAACGAUUCAGCCGUCCGCGGGCUGAGCGCGCUCCCUCGCCGUGCGAGGACGACCCGCCGGCGGCCGCGGAGGACCGCCGCCGCAGCGACUCGGGGGCGGCGCGGCUGGCUCCGCCCGGGGAGGGUGCGCGCGUCCCUCCGCUCGAGUCCGCUGCGGCCCCGCCGGUCCCCAGGCGCAGCUGGACGCCGUGGGCGGGCGGCCGCGGCAAGGGCCUGCUGCCGCGCGUGGUGGUCCGGAUGGACGAGCACGGAGCGCCGCGCACGCUGGCCCUGCUGGCCACCUCCCUGUCGGUGCGCUCGGAGGCCGACCGGCGUCAGUCGCGCUACCCGUGCAUCGUCUGCGAGCGGCCGCAGCGCUCCAAGACCAGCCUGCGCGCCCACCUGGUGUCCCACACGGGCGAGAGGCCGUUCCAGUGCUCCGCCUGCCCGGCCGCGUUCCGGCACUUUGCCAACGCGCGUGGCCACCUGCGCCGGCACACGGCGGCUCGGUGCGCGUGUGACGUCUGCGGCCGGACGUUCCUGCUACGGGCCGACCUGCGGCGGCACCAGCGCACGCACAGCCAGCGGCCGAAGCUCGCCUGCCACCUGUGUCCGUCCACCUUCAGCCGGGCCGAUAACCUGGCCAGACAUGUGCGUGUGGCGCACGGCGCCGAGCCGCCGCCCACCCACCGCUGCAACCUCUGCCAGAAGGAGUUCAAAACGGAGGCGUGGCUCAAACAGCACAUGACCAUUCACAAAGCGGCGAGGGAGCACGUGUGCGCCCAGUGCGGUCGGAAGUUCGCGCUGCGCUCCUACCUGGAGCGGCACCUCAAGUCGCACGGCCAGACGCGCGUCUACUGCGACCUCUGUCCGCGUCGCUUCAUCAACAUCAAAAACCUGACGGUGCAUCGUCAGACGUUUCACCGUAACCCGGUGCCUCUGACGGCCGAGGAGCAGCGGCGGGCGGCCGAGCCGCGUCCCGAGCCGGCGCGCCGCUCCCCGUCCCCGCCGCCGGCCGGCGUGCGGCCGCGGCGUAUCAGCCUGGAGAUCGUUAGGAGCCGCCGGCCGCCGCGCCGCCUCCUCCAGGAGACAGAGCGGGAGGACCGGGAGGAACGGGAGGACGGGGAGAGUGAGGAGAGCGGCGGCAGUGACGAGGAGUGGACGCCCGACCGGCGGUAAGCGCCUCCCUCCCGGCGGGCUCGGUAGUGAUCUCACGCUCGUGCGGUACUUUUGACUGCUCUGCGUUGUCCCUAGUCGAUCAAGAUGUACUGAUUCCACUGGCUGUGCAGAAUUUUUUACCUUUUUUACCCCGCUGGUUUAUUUAUUGAUUGGUUGGUUAGGUUAGACACAGGUUCUUCUGGGGGGGGGGGGGGAGGGAUGAUUCUGAUUUAUAUUUUCUUAAUCAGACCCGUAACCAAGAUAACCAGAUGCACUUUGUGCUGGCCAUAACGAUUGUACUUCAGGGAUAAUAGCCAGGAGGGUUUUGAUUUGUGCGUCAUUAUUGUGUGUGACUCAGGGAAGGUAUUAGUGGGGAAAGGAUCCGCUCGCUCCCUGUUGGUGAUUGUGCUGAUCACAUUGAAUGUGCGGAUUUGAUUAAAUAUUGAGCGAUAUUUAUGACUGUUGAGUGAUCCAUUGCAGCAUUCUUCCAAGCUAUGAAUGACUGUAUUGUCUCUAUGAAGUCACGGAAUGUCACUGCAGUUGUUGCGCUGCGCUGGCCAUGCUAUCUGUUUCUGGUUAACACAUUUAUGACUUAUGGUUAAAAAAUACUGAAAUUAGCCA